AUGCUUAAAACAAACUUAAUCCAAAACAUUAAACAGAAUCAAUUAAAUUAUUGUACAAUCAAAAGAAAUGAAUUAAUGAUAAUCUUAAAUGAAAUGAAAGAAGAAUUAAAAACUAAAGAUUGUAAAACCAAUGAAUCGAAUCAAAAUCCACCAUUAAAUUAUAAUGAUGAUGACACAUCAAUGUCAGAUGCAAAUUAUCAUGUGUUGACUGGAUUAACUCGUGAUCAGUUUAACGAUCUUUGUUCCGAGAUACCUCCUUCAGCCUUGAGACAUACUGAUAUUAGAUCACCAAGAACAGCUAUUGUUUGUCUUCUAGUCAAAUUAAGACUUGGUUUAAGUCAUCAAACAUUAUGUACUUUAUUCUCUGGUGAAGAUAAACGUAAAAUGACCAGAAUUCUUGACAGUGGCUGUACUGCCAUUACAAGAUACUUUGUUCCUAAACAUUUAGGAUUUGACCAUAUUGAGAGACAAAAGGUGAUCGACAAUCACACUCGACCACUUGCAAAAAUUCUUUUAGGUGAUAAUGAUCCUAACAAGGCUUUAAUAAUCCUUGACGGAAUAUACUGUUAUACCCAGAAGUCGGCUAACAAUUUACUACAACGUCGAGCAUAUUCACUUCAUAAAGGAAAACCAUUAGUCAAACCGAUGAUGAUUGUAUCAAGUGAUGGUUACAUUAUAUCAGUAAUGGGACCCUAUUUGGCUGAUGGGCGCAACAACGAUGCUGAAAUUACCAAGAACAUUAUUUAUAACAAUAAGCAGGGAUUUACGGAUUGGCUGCAUCCAGAAGAUCUUGUUAUUGUAGAUCGAGGAUUUCGUUAUUGUAUAUCGGACUUGGAAAAAUUCGGUUAUAAACCUAAAAUGCCUUGUUUUCUCAAGAAAGAUCAAUCGCAAUUCACUACAAAUAAAGCAAAUCAAACACGAUUCAUUACAAAAAUACGUUGGGUUAUUGAAUCGGCAAAUGGCCGAGUCAAAAAAUGGCAAUUUUUCAAUAAAAUCAUUCCAAAUGGUAUGAUCGAGAAAACAGGAGAUCAUUUUCAAAUUGUUUGUGCAAUGAUCAAGUGUCAUCGUCUUGUUUUUAUACAAGGUACAAGCCAUGACAACGAAAUUGCUGAAAAAAUGUUAAAGCUCGCCGAUGAAACAAACAAAAUUAGAAAUUAUGUCGAAAACAUGAAAACUAAACGUGCAAAAAAAUUAAAAUGGAUUCCUAUGGAUGCUGCCAAUGCUAUUUCUGAUUUUUCAAAAAUGAAUUUCGAGGCUUUAUGUUGCUUAUUAACUUUAUUAGGAUAG